GUCCUGUCUGGACGAAGACAGACGCCCUCUGACCUUUCCUAUCGUUUUCCCUUUCGAGAAACCAGAGAUAGAUAGAUAGAGAGAGAGAGGGCGGGAUCUCAACAGUGGCGAUCCGGCCUUAGCUGCCCCGGCGAUCUUCCGCCGUCGAUCCCACCGCGCCGCCGCCAGAUCUGCGCUCUCACCUCGGGGCUGUCGGUGUGAUCUACUUAUACCAGCAGCCAUUUCCCGGGAAAUCGUAGUUCAAUCCAGUCUCAGUUUCUUUAUUUGCAGAAGCUGUAAUGGGAACCGAGGAGAUCAGGAAGGAUAUGGAUAUCAGCAGUUGGUGUGCAGAAUUGGCCUAUGACCAAUGGGUGCCACUUCCUGUGAAUGGCAAGCCCCCGUCUGCCCGAUAUAAGCAUGCGGCAGCUGCUGUUGACGAUAAACUUUACGUAAUUGGGGGGAGUCGAAAUGGCCGUUACUUGUCUGAUGUUCAGGUUUUUGAUUUUAAAAGUCUUACUUGGUCUAGUAUAACCUUGAGCUUUGAAUCAAAUGCUGGUGAUGACUCUAAGGAAAAUCUGAUAGCAACCUCGGGUCAUGUUCUGAUCCAGUGGGAAAACAAAGUUCUUAUCGUCGGUGGUCAUUCUAAGAGUCCUUUAGAUAGCCUUCAAGUGAGGUUUAUCAAUUUAGACACACAUACAUCUGGUUUUCUGGAGACAUCAGGAAACAUUCCAGUUGCUCGUGGUGGACACUCUGCAACCCUUAUUGGAUCUAGACUGAUAAUAUUUGGUGGGGAAGACCGGAAAAGGAGGUUGCUGAAUGAUAUUCACAUUCUUGAUUUAGAGACAAUGAAUUGGGAAAUGGUUGAGGCGAUGCAGACCCCUCCAGCUCCUAGAUUUGAUCACACAUCUGCAGUUCAUGGAGAUCGCUACCUUUUAGUUUUUGGAGGAUGCUCUCACUCAAUCUUUUACAGUGAUCUUCAUGUUUUGGAUUUGCAGACUAAGGAAUGGUCCCAACCUGAGAUUCGAGGUGAUCUGGUGACUCCUCGUGCAGGCCAUGCAGGUGUCACCAUUGGAGAAAACUGGUACAUUGUUGGUGGUGGUGAUAACAAGAGUGUUCUUGUAGGCUGUUCUGAAACUCUGGUGUUCAAUAUGUCAAAAUUAGCUUGGUCAACAUUGAGCAGUGUAAGAGAAAGGGAUCCACUUGCUAGUGAGGGACUUAGUGUUUGCACCACUCUCAUUGCUGGUGAGGUAUAUUUGGUUGCCUUUGGUGGCUACAACGGGAAAUACCAAAAUGAGAUCUUUUUCAUGAAACCCAAACCGAGAGACUCAUCACGUCCCAAGAUAUUCCAGUCACCAGCAGCUGCUGCUGCAGCAGCUUGUGUCACUGCUGCUUAUGCCCUAACCAAACCUGACAAGCUCGAUCUCACUGAAUCUGUUGAUUCUGCGAAGUUUGUUGAGAACAAUGUCUUUCAGCGAGACAUCACAGCUGAGGUUGCCGCUAUCAAGGAGGAGAAAAAUGCUCUGGAAGCCUCGCUUGCCAAGAUCAGGGAAGAGAACUCCAAACAGAGGGAAAAGAUAGAUGAAGCAAACAAUACACAUUCUGAGUUGUCAAAAGAACUCCUGUCCGUUCAAAGUCAAUUGGUGGCUGAGAGAUCGAGAUGCUUCAAACUAGAGGCACAAAUAGCAGAGCUACAGAAGGUUCUGGAAUCAUUUAGCUCAGUAGAAAACGAGGUGCAAGCGCUUAGAAGUCAGAAGACUGCACUGGAACAGGACAUGGAGCUUGCUUCUGCCACAAGGCAAGGCUCUGGUGGGUUCCUUGGCUGGUUAUCUGGUGGUCCCCACAGCCCAUGAGAUCUAAGAGCUCGUCUCCUCGAGAUCGGGGAGCAACAGGGAAGCAACCAUAUAAGAAUCUACUGUAUCAUUGCUGGGGCCUUUCUGAGGAAGCCAUGUUUUGUUGUACUUGUGAACAGUGAAGAUGGGCAAAUCUCGGUAUUUGGCAUUAUUACCCGGUGUCCAUGUAUAGCAGUGAAUAGGAAUGAAACACAAAACACUGAGCAUGAACCGGGUAAGAAACAUACGAAUAUUGAAAAUUUCCGGGAGAAUUUUGUGGUUUUCUUGUUUCUUUUAGAUUGGUUUUCAUGUCACAAUUGUUUCUGUAAGUCACAUUGUAAAACUCGUCAAUUUUGUAUUGUACUAUUAUAAGAUUGCUCUUGUUUGUGAUUCAA